UACCUGUAGUAAGGUGAGGUUGCCCAGCAAUGUUCCUAAUCUGAUUGUGCCUGCUACAAAUGCAGUUAUUACCAAGGCUCUAAGUGUCGGGGGCAGGCUGAUUGAUGCUCGCCUGGUUUUCACCAAUGGCCUGCUCUCCAAGGCCCUGGUUCCGGUUGCCCAGUGCCUGAGUGACAUUGGGGAGAGGAAAGGUAAGCCUGUGGAUGAUUACCUGGAUGGCCUGAAUAACUGUGUAUGUCUCCUGACUUCUGCAGUGUGUUACCUUAACCAGCUCAGGAAGAAAGUGGCCCGCAUUCACGUGAACGAUUCAGCCCUUGUGGAGCUUUGCCGUUGGGACUGUGAAGUUGGCACUGCAGAGCUGUUCCCCUUUGAUGUCAUUAAGAAGUGUGAGGAGUUGCAUCGGGCCAGGCGGCUGGGCAGGCCUUCUUUCCGGCCAUACCGGUCAGGAGGUCCCAGGCGGACGGCUGCUUCCCGCCAGGCUCCCAGGAGGGCCCCUCCUUCCCAGAACUCAAGGUUUUGGUCUAAGCCUUUUUUAGGCCAGCGGCCUCCUCCGCUGAGGGGGAACCAGCAACACAGGCCGGCCCAGUGAACCCUUGCCGAUCUCAUUGCCAGAGUGCUGCGGAAACUCCAGGUGGACCGGGCUUCCUUGAUCGCGAUUCUACCUCUUUGGCCGUCGCAAGCAUGGUUCCCAAGGGCCCUUCAGUUUCUUGUUCAGCCACCAGUCCUCCCUCGCCUCCCUGUGUCAUUACCGCAGAACCCUGCUUACAUCCACCCGCGGGCCCAGUCUCUGGUGUUGACUGCGAUGAGUUUAUCAGGCGAUCCUUUGAAGUCCAAGGCCUAUCGCGAGACGUUGCCCAGCUUUUGCUUCACUCCUGGCGGAAGAGCACUUUACAACAGUAUAGGCCGUAUCUCUCAAGAUGGGUGUCGGUUUGUCUCCGGCGGGAAAUUGAUCCGUUUCUACCACCUUUAAGUUUUCUUUUAGACUUCCUACUGUGUGAAUUUCAGAGGGUUCCCGUUCGGAGUUAUAGUACUAUGAAUACCAUCCGUUCGGCCGUGUCUGCCAUCGCUAGGAUCGGGGGUCAACCAGCGGGUCAACAUCCGUUGGUUAUUAGAUUUAUGCGAGCCGUCUUUCAGGAGAGGCCUGCUUUUUCUCACUGUCAAUGUACCUGGGACCCAGAGUUAGUGCUCAACUACUUAAAGAGUCUCGGCCCUGAUGAACGUCUUUCACUCAUUCAGUUAUGCCGCAAAUUAACUGCCUUAAUGUUACUGGUUUCGGGGCAGCGUGGCCAAGUCCUAAGUUUCUUAGAUAUCCGUAAUAUGUCUGUCUUGGAUUCCAUGAUAGUUUUUUGUAUUGGGGAUCUCCUUAAAACUUCUAGGCCUGGUUGCCACAUUUCUGAAUUAUGUUUUGAAAAAUAUUUUGCGGACCAGCUUAUCUGUGUCUAUACUACAAUUGUUAAUUAUUUAGAGAGGACUAAGGACUCUAGGGGUUCCAUCACUGGCCUUCUUUUGACUACCAAACCCCCUAUUAAGGUGGCUUCCCAGGAUACCUUACGGCGCUGGGUCAGGGAGGUUAUGGGAGCCGUGGGUAUUGACCUCAAUAAUUUUUCACCUCACUCUACUAGGUCCGCCGCGUCUAGCAAGGCUGCGCUCCGUCUUCCGCUGUCCUCCAUCCUUUCAUCUGUGGGCUGGUCCAGGGAGUCUACCUUCGCAAAGUUUUAUGGGAGGCCAAUUAGCAAGAAGGAGUUAUUUGCACAGGCGGUGUUGGCGGAGGAUGGGUCUCCUCCAUGAAUAUGUAAAAUGUACUACGGUGUUUUGUGGUGGUUUUCAUAUGAUUUCAUUGUUUGUCCACAUAUUUGUACUUAAUUGUAUGCUUUUGGCUGGAAUACAUGAAGAUGAUACUAUAUGGUUUUCAGUCAUUCCUGGUUUUGGGGUUCGGCUUGGUUUGAGGACCUGCUCUAAAGCUCUCAUUUGUUGCCUCGGUGACGUCAGUUUAAAUAUUGUGAAGUGAAAUUGUAAGAUUAAACGAUACUUACCAAGUUGAAGUUUGAUCGUAAUUUCACGAACAUUUAAACGACGUCACUGAGGCAGUAAAUGCCCUCCCUUCCCUCCCACGGCUUCUUGGUCGCCGUGUUUUGGGGUUUUUUCUUCACUCACUGAAAAAUGUUUAGUUUUUGUAAUUUUUAUACUUUGUUCCUCAAACCAACACUCUGAAGGACUGACGAGGAGCGGCAUAGACAUCUCAUUUACUGCCUCAGUGACGUCGUUUAAAUGUUCGUGAAAUUACGAUCAAACUUCAACUUGGUAAGUAUCGUU